CAGCCCCCUGCGAUGUAAUUCCUAAAUAUGGGAGCACGCCUCAUUUAUAAACAGUGAAGAGGGGCCGAGAUCACUCACUGUUUCAUCUCAAGAGCUACAGUACUGAACAUCCUACCACACACUUCAUAACGUUAUUGUAAACCUUUUGGUCCAGUAAAUAUGGCAGAUUCCCAGAUGGCUGACUUUGGGGUAGUGGCCCCCUACCUGCGGAAAUCAGAGAAGGAGCGUCUGGAGACACAAACACGCCCCUCCGACAUGAAGAAGGAGAGCUUCAUGCCCGAUGCUGAGGAGGAGUAUGUGAAAGGCAACAUUGUCAGCCGUGACGGAGCACAAGAAUCUGGAGGCAAAGGAGGUAAAGGAGGAAAGAAGAAGGGUUCCUCCUUCCAGACUGUGUCGGCUCUGCACAGGGAGAACCUGAACAAGCUGAUGACAAACCUGAGGUCAACCCAUCCUCACUUUGUGCGCUGCAUCAUCCCCAAUGAGACCAAGACCCCUGGGGCCAUGGAGAAUCCUCUGGUGAUGCACCAGCUGCGCUGUAACGGCGUGCUGGAAGGCAUCAGGAUCUGCAGAAAGGGCUUCCCCAACAGGAUCCUCUACGGAGACUUCAAACAGAGACACCACAUCCGAAACCUUACAGCCAUCCCAGAGUGACAAUUUAUAGAUAACAAGAAAGGAGCAGAAAAACUUCUGGGUUCUCUGGACAUUGAUCACAAUCAAUACAAGUUUGGACACGCCAAAGUAAUUACAUCUUUCAGAUUUUUUUUGGUAAUAAUUGUAAAAGCGAGUAAAAACCUAAUGUCAAAAAAUAUAUAUUUGACAAUAAUAGUACAACAUACUGAAUC